AAAAAUGCACAGGUUUAAACUCAUUUUCAACGCAUUUGGUGCGCAGAGCGAGCGCUGAGUUUCGUAAGAUCAUUUGGGGACCGAAGAAAGACAUCUUACAAUGAAAUUUUGUUUCCCCGGUCUGCACAUGCGCAAUUGGGCUUUCGCCGAUCCUAUAUCUUUGUUUUGUUUUUCUAGCGGAUAGUUCAUGUAUGUACGAUUUUCUUUUUACGAGCCGCGUGUGUCUGUGUAUAUAGCGCGGCUCCCCGUGUUGUUUGAUCACCGCUCACUGGGACUGGUAUGCCGACAACUGCCCCUCGCAUCGUCUGAAAGCUACACGGGACGAAGACGGGACCAGGCCCCAGGCCACAGGCCCACCCCCUCAGGACAAAACAAAACACGGCACCGCACGACAUCUUAGGCUGUCCCCCUCAAAGAACGGCCCUAGCUCGCAGUCAGUGCCAGCGCUGUAACACACGCACAGCCACGGCAGUUGUCGUGUAGGCAAAGCUCGGCAUGCAGUGAUUCGUGUGCAAGCCGAAAGGAGAGGCCGUCCAACGCACAGUUCGUCUUUUGUAUCUCCAGCUGAGGCUCGCCCAGUAUAAAUCUCCAAGGCAGAAAGACAAGCCGGUCGUUGACAGAGACGCAUAUCCAAGACGGAUAUGAGCUCGGAGAAGAACGGCAAGAACCUGGAGUACCUGUCCAUGGAGGAGUCCCAGGAGGUCAUGGUCAAGGGCAACGCCUACGAGAAGGGGCGUGGCCGGAAGCCGCCUAGUAACGGCAGGGCCGGCUGGCUCCGGAGGCGUACCACCUUGGAGAAGUUCCUCAUCGUGUUCCUGCUUGUGCUCAUCUUGGUCUGUAUCGUCUUGCUCGUCAGUCUAAUCGUCACGGCAGCUUCUCCCGUGCCACCAGUGGAGGUUGGCGGGCCUUCAAAAUCUCCCCUGUCGACAGAGGGCGUCUGUACGUCACCCGAGUGUGUAGUCGCAGCCGGCACCGUUUUGUCCAGCAUGGAUCUGACGGCAGACCCGUGCCAGGAUUUCUACCAGUUCGCCUGCGGAGGUUGGGUCAAGACACGCUUCAUUCCGGAGGAUUUGGCACAGUACACAGUCAUGGACGAGUUACUAGACAUCCUGUUGGAAAGAAGUCGAGGAAUGCUUGAGGAGAAAUCCGCCAACGAUUCAGAAGCCAGUACUAAGGCGAAGAAUUUCUACGAGUCCUGUACAAACGAAGCGCUGAUAGAGCAAUACGGCGCCCAGCCGCUGCUGGAUUUGUUGGACCACCUGGGCGGCUGGCCUGUUGUCGCAGGCGACACGUGGGACGAAGAAGCCUGGGACAUGGCAGAGGUCCUGCACAAGACCCGGAUGGAAGUCGACUACAAUUUCCUCUUCCGACACGACGUCAGCCCGGAUAUGAGUGACUCAGAAGUGUACAUAAUCGUAAUUGAUCAACCAUAUUUAGCUCUGAAAGACAGAUCAUUCUAUCUGAAGGAGAAAACAAACAAGAAACUAGUGGCGUAUUUUGAGUUCAUGGUGGACGUCGCAACGGCACUUCGACCGGAUGGAGACAGGGAAGAAGCGUCCAGGCAGAUGGCAGAAACUCUCGAGUUUGAAACUGCCCUGGCAAACUUUUCCGUCUCACUUGCUGAGAGGAUGGACGUGGCGACGCUCAACAACCGCUACACGGUCAAGCAACUACAGGCGGAAAUGCCACAGAUAGAUUGGCUCAAGUACUUUCGGCUGGUACACACCGAAGACUUUUCACCGGACGAGGAGAUGCUAAAUUAUUCCCCUUCGUAUUUCGAGAAAAUGGCCGCCCACAUCAGCUCGACGCCAAAAAGGACAGUGGCUAACUAUCUCAUGUGGAGCACGGUGUUCAGCAUGAUACGGUACCUGCACACGGACCUCCGUAACAUCCGGCAGCGGUUCUUGGGCGCCACCAUCGGGCAAACGCGGGAGCAGAGCCGGUGGAAAAACUGCUUCGGGAAUACCAACGCCAACCUGGGUAUUGCUACGGGGGCGCUGUUCAUCCAGAAACACUUCGACAAAGACAAUAAAGCUGCUGCCCAGGAGAUGCUGGAAGACAUUCGCGAGACCUUGCUGGAGACUCUAGAUGAGGUGUCAUGGAUGGAUGUUGAAACCAGGGCCCACGCUAAAAGAAAGGCUUCGAAAAUGAUGGAGAGCCUUGCUUACGAUGAUAUGCUGACAGACGAACAGGCAGUAAAUAACGUCUACAAAUCGAUAGAUUUGUCACCUGCGCACUACUUUGAGAAUAUACGGGCGGUAUGGAGAAUGGAAGCCAUAGAAGGCAUCGACCAUUACGGCCAGCGCGUAGAACGGGGAAUAUCAAAGAAAUCACCUAUCGACGUUAACGGAUAUUACAACAUUCAAGAAAACACUAUAAUUUUUCCAGCUGGUAUUUUUCAACCCCCGUUCUACUCCAUCCGAUAUCCAAAAUCUAUGAACUACGGAGGCAUUGGAAUGGUUAUGGGCCACGAAUUGAUGCAUGGAUACGAUGAUACAGGCAGCCGCGUUGAUGAAGACGGUAAUAUAAAACAGUGGUUUUCCAAUUCGUCCACCGAGGCAUACAACGAAAAGAAGCAGUGCUUCAUCGAUCAAUACUCGAAUUAUCACGUCCCCGAAGUCGAUCUUAAACUAAAUGGUGAACAAACAAUAGGGGAAGUACUGGCAGACAACGGAGGCAUAAAAGAAGCUUACUUUGGCUAUAAGAAAUGGUUAGAGCGGACGGGCGAUCCGGGACAAACGCUACCGGGGAUCAAUCUGAAUCAUGAUCAGCUCUUCUUCCUAAACUAUGCACAGCUAUGGUGCAGUCUUCAUCGUAAAGAAAAACUAGAGCUCAUUGUUACAACUGAGCGGCAUCCUCCUGGAAACUUCAGGGUCCUUGGCACUCUGUCUAACUCGGAGAACUUCGCAGAGGCCUAUCAAUGCAAGAAAGGUAGCCGCAUGGUGCGAGACAAGCCGUGUAAACUCUGGUGAGCGGUACGUCCGGGGAAAGAACACCAUUCAUCUUCACAUUUUCUAAAACCUCUCUCGAAUCCUCGUGAAUCUAUUUUGUCCAGUCUGGUCAGGUUCAUUCCAUAAUAAGAUCAAUGCGUGGAAUAGUCUUUGGCAUUGACAGUAAAAUGAACGCUUGUAAUUAUAACGCCAGGUGGCGCUGUUUAGCCCCUCCACGCAGAGCCGUGUAUCUCUCUUUAUACAGCUAUGCAUUCACCAUUCUCCCAGUCUGCCUAUUCUGUACUCCAAGACUUCUUAUUAGUUCAUUUUCAUCGUACAAAUAUAAGAAUGUAAGAUAUGGAUGAGCGUGACGAGAUAAGUAUUUUAAGUGAAAGUUGACAUACCUCAAUCUCUAAUAAUCGUGACAAAACCAAACGUUUAACUUUUUUUCUCCCAAAAGGCCGUCAAUUUUACAAUUAUAUUCUGUCUCAAAAUGUAAUUUCCUUUUCGACGUUAAAAGGAAGGCCUAAAAUUUGAUCGUUUAUGAAGUCAACGUCGACUCGAUAUUUUUUAUUGUAGACCUACAUCUAUCGCUGUAAAUGUAUAUUAAAAUAUUUAACAAAGUUACCAAUUUUUGUUUUUUAAAUAUUUGUGAGAAGUUUGCUAGUGGACGCCAGCUUAAAGAUCAGGCCCUAUUUCAUGGCGCUGCUUAACAAAUAGCAGAAAUGUUUUGCUUACUAUAUAGCAGGAAAUUGUGCUAACGUUUAGCACUAGGCCUAUUUCAUGGAGUGAACUAACUGUUGUGCACGCAUGGAGAUUUCUAUCGUUACAUCACUGAUUUAAGCAACUUUUUUCUCUGGUGUUAAGCGUGCUUUUGUUAUGCUUACUGCUUACGGUCUUUGUGAAAUAGACACAUGAUAGAGGCCUAGUUAGCAGAAAAUCGUGCACUUAGCAGCGCCAUGAAAUUUGGCUCUCUCUGUAGAUAAAACAAAUCAGAUUUCGUAAUGUAAUGACUUUUUGCACAAAUCCAUAUGUGUUUGCGCGAGCGUCAGGCGCCAUCGCCAAUGCAUUCGAAUGUCCCUUCGCGUGGUCUCUCCCAACUUAGUCAGGUAACCACACUAAAAGAAUCUGACUAUUUAUGACAUCUCUUAGGUCAGGUAGACUGUACACACCAUGGCUAGAAAAGUAGACGCGACCAAAAACGGGCUGAAUCCUGCCCGUUUCUGAAAAUGUCCGUAGUCUUCCGAAUGCAUUUCGUUUAUACUCGGUUAUGUCCGCAGAGCUCGGGUAUUUCCAGGGGGCAAAAUAUUUUUAUUUACCAACGAAAUUGCUGCCGUGCUUGUUAUUACAUUUUGAAAUUUCUAAGUUCAUUAGCUCAUUGCUUGCAUUUAAAAGUUCAAUCCCUGACCUUAGAUUUGUCAAAAUAAUCAACACCGUCAGGGCUGGUAACCAGUCUAUCUUCUAUAGACUGGGCUGAGCAAAGUGAAUGGCCUAUGGUAGUACAUUCAGUUGGCAGUCCGCCACGUGCACAGUAUGCCGAUUGCCCAUGCACUAGGCCUAGGUUGAACCUUCGCGCGCUUGCUGGCUGAUUCCUGGUUGCGAAUUUGCAGAAGUUGAUCUUGUUUUUACAACUCUUCAGUCGCCGGCCAUUCGACAGCGCGCGCCAUCAAAAGCCUACCCGAGAUGAGUGGGCUCCACAGGUGUUCGAAAUUGUUCAAGGCUUUAUUAGAUUUAAAACAUUUUUGUGAAUAUAAAUCAUAAUGUGAAUUAGUGUAAAUAGAAUGCUAAGAAUUUGGACUUUUUUUCAACAGUAUUUUGGGUGUUCGUGUAGAAAUAGCCGUGUUGCGUGUAUAUUCCGCCAGAUUGUUAUAUAUCCUACUGUUUUAUAUAAGAAUUAAAACGAAUUUUGAAUUUGAUGUGAUGACAUGUACUCUGAAUUUUGCUCGGUUGCAAACAAACCUCGUGGCGCUAUGGGCUUUAUUCACGAGUCGGCCAUAUUAAAUUGAAAGCAAGGCAAAAUGUUCAUUUUUAGAACUUGCGAAGAGAAAUGAAAGCAAUGACAUAAGGUUAAUUACAAAUUAAUACCAGUUUGCUCUGAUGAAUGAUUUAAACUUUGUGAUUAAACAUACCCUAAUGUUUUAAGCCACAUAUAUAAAAAAAAACAUUAAAGUGAGGCUAGAAUGCAAAAUAGUCUGGCACCAUCCCAUUCAACAGUUCUCAAAUUAUAAAAUACAUUCAGGGAACACGACCUAAAUGGUUGCCUCGUGAGUAAGGUCCAUAGUGUGUUUUCGUGAUCACAGUUUCGUAGUCGAAACUCAUCAGCGUGUACAUUGCAGAGGACUUGUAAUUCAGUUAACGUUUUAGCGCAGAGUCGGGUUUUCCUUUUGUUAAUACGGAUUUCGUAGCCUGCACGUGUUAAAUUCAUGGGUUGCUGAAUAUUGGUAUUUGCAUACAAAAUAUCGUGAAGAGUGUAAUUAUUAUUGUUGACUGCUUUUUCUUCUUUUUGUUUUACUAAGGAAUUGGAUUCCGACGAACCAAUUUUAUGGAGGCACCUGACUACCCUAGUUUAGUUUUGUAUUUCUUCAUUGUAACUGUGCCAUUUCGUGUGUCUAAAUUAUUGGCAAUUUAAAGGAUGAUUUCCACUGAGACAUUUUUCUAGAAGUAGCGGAUAGCUUAUGAUUAUCAAUGCAUAUGGAGAAUAACUAAGUGGUAACCAUGUGGUGCAAGUUUGUGAAUGGAAAUAAAACUCUCUCUCUCUAA